GGGUUGCUCCCAUCCCCCGCCUUUACAGCACAGGGUAAGGGAGGGGGACAGGAGAGAGAGAGGGAGCGAUAGGCAGCACACUUGUGAGGGGAAACAAGAGUCAGCUUCGCGGGGAGGAGAGAAGAAAAGAAUCGCUGGGGCGCAAAAAAAAGAGAGAACAUGGAUGAAGCAGGAAAAUAUCUGUUUAAAAAGGCAGCGCAGCGGAGGCUUUGGUCAUCCUGCACAUAGUCCGCCCGUUUUUUGGAUGCCGUGGUUUGGAGCUGUUGCGCGGGGAGCUCUCAAGGCGGAAAGCGGUUUUUAAAUCGUCUGUGGAUGUUGCCAGUUUGCGAUGGCUGUUGCAGGGCGAUGCAGCUCCAUAAAAGAGAACGUGCCUCUUUAUUUUUGUUUCUUCAUUGUUCUACUAAGUGUCCUUACAAAUGCACAAAUUCGCUACAGCAUUCAGGAGGAGCUGGAGAGCGGCACUGUCGUUGGUGAUCUUGUUCGGGAUCUUGGGCUGGAUCUGCGAAAGCUUUCGGCUCGUCGUAUCAGAAUCAGCUCAGACAGUGCGAGGCGAUACUUCAGCAUCAACCACAAAACUGGUAAGCUUGUUAUUAGCGACCGGAUUGACCGCGAAACGCUCUGUGAAUUCAGCGGCACCUGCACGCUUAGUCUCGACGUGGUGUUAGAAAACCCAUUCGAACAGCACAACGUGGAUAUUGAGAUUUUGGAUGCAAAUGAUAACUCGCCGCUUUUCCCCCGAGACGAGUACCAGUUGGAGAUCUCCGAGGGCGCACAGCCAGGCACGCGGUUUUCUAUUGAGGGCGCGCAGGAUUCUGACGACGCCUCAAAUUCCGUGCACCAUUAUCGCCUCACCUCGAACGAACACCUGGCGCUCGAUUCAACCAAACCACCUGCAGACGGAAAACACAUAGAGCUCGUGCUGAAAAAACCUUUCGACCGUGAACUUUUGCAGUCGCACCAGUUUCUACUCACCGCUACUGACGGUGGAUCUCCUCCGCGCUCAGGCACAGCUAAAAUCAACGUGCGCGUUUUGGAUACCAAUGACAACGCGCCAGUCUUCGGCAGUUCCGUAUACAAAGUGAAACUGCGGGAAAACUCUCCUGUUGGGGCGCUCGUAAUUAAAUUAAACGCCACUGAUAGAGAUGAGGGCACCAAUGGCGAGGUGAUUUACUCAUUUAGCUCUUACACACCGGAUAGAGUGAGGCAGGUGUUUUCUGUAGACACAGACAGUGGAGAAAUUAGAGUUAAAAGCAAUGUGGACUUUGAAGAAACCAACAGCUAUGAGAUGUAUAUUCAGGCAGCAGACAAAGGCCAAGGGGCCGUAGCAGUGCACUGUAAAGUGGUGGUGGAGGUGCUGGAUGUAAAUGAUAACCCUCCUGAGAUUGUGCUCUCCUCUUUGUCAAGCCCAGUUCGGGAGGAUGCCCGUGGAGACACCGUGGUGGCUUUAAUAAGUAUAAAUGACAAAGACUCUGGACAAAACAAACAGGUCAGCUUGGACAUCAUCACCCCGAAUCUACCUUUUAAAAUCAAAUCAUUCCGAAACCAUUACACCAUUGUUACCUCUGCCUUCCUGGACCGGGAGACUAUACCGUCAUACAAUGUCACAGUUACAGCCACAGAUGGUGGAACGCCACCUCUUUCAUCAUCAAUGACAAUACGAGUUGAAGUGGCAGAUGUAAAUGACAAUCCACCCCGUUUUGAGCAGCCUUCAUACACUGUUUAUGUUUUAGAAAACAAUGUGCCUAGUGCACCUCUGUGUGUCAUCAAGGCAACAGACCCCGAUGCCGGCGAAAACGCUCGCAUCACAUACACCGUCCUAAAUGACAACAACCAUGGUAUUUCAGUGUCAUCGUAUGUUUCUGUCAAACCUGCCACAGGUGAGGUGUACGCACUGCGAUCCUUUGACUUUGAGAAGUUGCGUGAGUUUCAUUUCCAGGUUAAAGCUCAAGACAAUGGUGUGCCACAUUUGAGCAGAGUGGCAACCGUCUAUAUUUACAUCAUGGACUCCAACGACCACAGUCCUCAGUUUGUUCGCCCGGCAGCAAACGGCUCACUCUCCACAGAGACUAUUUUGCGUAACUCAGAGGCGGGGGUCCUUGUUUCACGUGUGCUGGCUUGGGACUUAGAUGCUGGAGAAAAUGCCUGGUUGCUAUACAGCCUCCAUCACCCACCGGAAUUGGACUUGUUUAAGGUGCACGAGUACACAGGUGAAAUCCGCACAACACGGCGAGUAAAUGAGGACAAUUCUACUGUCUUUAGCCUCACAGUGCAUGUACGAGAUCAUGGUUUGCCUCCUCGCUCCACAUCUACAACGAUCAACAUUGCCGUCAUGGAGAUCCCACCCAAAGUGGCCCCAGACCCAAAACGCAUUAUCAGGCCACACGACACAAUGAUAUUCUCCCAUGUAACCCUGUAUCUUAUCAUUGCCCUCAGUGCAACCACCUUUGUUUUCUUGCUUACCAUCUUUGUCCUAGCAAUUGUCCGAUGCCAUGCCUACUGCAGCCAGCCAGAUGCUUGCUCCUGUUCGCCUUGCUGUGUGUCGAAGAAGAAAAAGAAGACGACAAUGAAGAAGGCACCCAAAGAUGGUGGAGGUGGUGGUGGGGCUGCAGGUGGUGGAGAUGCAGGUGGAGGUGGGGGCGCUGCUGGCGGGGUCACAGUCCACCAGCAGUCUGCUAUGAUGCGGAGAGACCUGAAAGUGGAGCCACACUACAUUGAGGUCCGAGGAAAUGGCUCUUUAACCAAAACAUACUGCUAUAAGACCUGCCUGACCGCCACCUCAGGAAGUGACACUUUUAUGUUCUACAAUACGGGCCGGCCGUUGAGUGGCACUUGGGGCUCGGGGGCUGACCGUUUCUUCACAGGACAGAGUGGGCAGUUCGUGCGCAGACUGAGCAUGCCCGAUGCUACGGCAAUACAGCCUAAAGGUCCCGGUGCAGACUGGAGAUAUUCAGCAUCCCUUAGAGCAGGAAUGCAGAGUUCAGUCCAUAUGGAGGAGUCAUCUGUGAUGCAGGGUGCUCAAGGAGUUCUUGUUCAGAACUGGCCCACCGCCUCUAGUGCUCCCGACAAUGAGGGUGGAGAGGUCUCUCCCCCUGUAGGUGCUGGAGUGGACAGCAACAGUUGGCAUUUUAGAUACGGGCCGGGGCCAGGAGGCCCUCCACAUCUGAAACCCGGUGAGGUUCCUCCUGAAGCUUUCAUCAUCCCUGGUUCUCCAGCCAUUAUUUCCAUCAGACAAGGAGACGGAGACGACAAGAGCGAUUUUAUUUCCUUUGGAAAAAAGGAGGAGGCCAAGAAGAAGAAGAAAAAGAAGAAGGAGAAGAAGGAUAAGCGGGAGAAAGGAAAAGAUGAUGAUGAUGAUGAUUAGAGAGACAGCGGAAACAGUUAAAGCAAGAGCUGUUUUGUUUUGUUUUUUGUUUUUUUAAGACAGAAGUCUCAACGAAAGUCUGUAGAGCAAAACUUAUUUUUAUCAAUCCUAAAAUCCAUAUUUGAGGCUCAAACAAAUAUUUUCUGUUGGAUUCAAGUGAAAAAUUUGAUUUUCUGUCACCUCCGAUCUCUUUCACGCAGAUAGCUUCCCCUUCCUAUUAUUUAAGUAAUUGAUUAAUCUCGCCUUGAGUUGUUACUUGAUUGAUUAAUAUUCUCCCAUGCCUCACCCACACUAUUCUGCAUAAUAUGUCCUUCAGACUCAUGUUGGUACAUCUGUCUUAUUUAUCCUUUUGGUUUUUGUUUUCCAAUCUUUUCGAUAGGGAGACAAAAUCUGAUUGUUUGUAAGCUGUGUGCCGCUUCACUUGUGCUAUCGUGGUAAAAUGGAGAAAAAAUAAUUGAGAUUCAAAAUUGAGUUAAGUUGGAUAUAAUGGAAGCAGGACACACACUGCUGUAAAUAUGCAGUUUGGGCACCGCUGUAUGUAAAGCAGUAAAGAUGCUAUAUUAACGCUUUUGCUCGUUCACUUCUCCUGGUGUGGGAUGGAAGAAACAUCCUUUAAAACAAGAGACACUGAUACAUUUUCACUUAUAAAAAUCGCACAUCCUGGACAAAUGGGGGGAAAAAAGUACAUCAAAUGAUGCACUUUUAUUUUGUUGCUUUAAUUAUGUUACCAGCAAAUGUUCUCCAAGGCAUAGUGUAUAUGUGAGAAAGUAGUCUCAUAUAUAUACACACAUUCACAUAUAUAGACACAGAUUUAGUAAACAGGGUGAACAAUCAGUCCAUAUCUGUAGCAACUACCAAAACUUAUCCUGCUUGGAAUUGUUUCUAUCCUGGUUGGCCUUUUGAUUAACCAGCAGUUGGACAAGUCAAUAUCAUGUAAAGCUCAUAAAAAUCAGCUCUUCAGGAGCCUGGUUAUGUGCUCUGUUGUUAAAGGGAUGAUUGUUUAUGCAUUAUGAACAGUAUUACUGUUAAUUCACCAAACCUCAGACACCUUCAAUCCUAUAAACUAUCCUUAAAUAUCCCGUGAAGAAAAGGCUUAGAGGUUAUGUCAUGAUUUUUUUCUGUGGCAUUGCCUCAUACCUGUAGUUUCCCGACUGUCCUUGACCUUGUCAUCCCAACCCUAAUUCUGUGCCUGCUUUCUCAGCUCAGUAUGUCAUACACAAAACCUAGUUGCCUCCUUUCUGCUUGCUGUCUGGAGGACCAACACACCCUAAGAGCAAAGAACGCAAAAUAUUAUCUAGGGGUUUUCAAAUUUGAUGGGUAGGGUUUUUUUCGUGCACAGUUUUUAUAAGCUUUAGGUGAACUUUAUUGCUACUGUACAGAGCUUCUGUCUGUCUGUCUCUUCUUGAUCUCUCUGCUGGAUAGGCUAGCUCUAGACAUUGUGGUGUACUCAUGUAGUAUGGAGAAAUGCAGACGACGCCUGUCAAGUCCCCCCCACCGCAGAGGAAAGAGGCUCCCCCCGCCGCACUGUAAUAUGUAAAUGAUCCAGUGCUGUCCAAUCAACUUCAGCUCUGCCUCUGUAUUAGGCAAUGUAUUUUUUCUGGUCUCUAAACUCAUCGGAGAUUAGUAGAGAAGAACUUUGGGGUGAAAAUAGUGGCUUGCCAGUUUGAUCCGAUGUUGAAGGUGAAGUGUGUAAUUUCUGUGCCAUUAGCAGCACCUAAAAUAUUUUUCCCCCCGUCUGCCUUUAAUAGAUCCAACUAUUGGUUUUGAGCUCUGUCAGGCUGUUUGGGUUGCUCAAACAAACAGAGCAAUGUUUUCAAAGACAAAUUCAGUGUUUACACUUGAAAAAAGUAUCUAAACCUCAGAAAAUAUACACAUCAUCUGUACAUUGUUAUAAAAACAACCAAGUGUUAUUUAUCUGAUAUCAAUAAGACCGGACUGUUGUCUCCACUCCAUGCUUUCUAGUGUCUGGUUACAGUGACACGUCUGUGUCUUGGUUCCUUCACUUGCCUGCCUACCUUGUUGCCACAAACCCAAAAAUGUCUCAAACCGAUGUCACAAUUACUCAAACGUGACUGCUGCAUGACUUUACCAGAAAUAAAACACGUACUAUAUAGAGAUAUAUAUGAAUAUAGAUAUAGAUGGCUAUGAUUUUACUAUUUUUGUUUAUUCUUUUUAUUCAUUAAUCACACAAGAGAUUUGUGUAUGCACCAUCUAUGAGCCUUUUUCAUACUGACACCUCUGCACCGACUUACAGUGGACAGUUAUGACGUUACUAAACCUUGGUAUUUGUAAAUGCUCUAUAGUGUGAUGCCCUGAAGCUCUUGGUUUUGUCCUAUUCUUUUCAUUUUUGUUUUAUGAAAAAAAAAAAAAAAAAAAAAAAACUUUUUGUGUUUGGCUUUGACAUACCGAUCAAACUAGCACUGUAUAAUGUAGCUAAAUUAUGUAUGAUGAUUCUAUCCCUACUCUUUCACUUCUUUGACAAAGGAAAAAAAAAAAAAACAGGAAAAUCAUCCUGAUGUACAAUACAAUAUAUGUAGUUUAUGCUUGUAUCUAGUGAUUGUUCAUGCUGUCAUUAUUUCUUAUUGUCUGGUGGUGAUCAGUAGGUGGCGCUGUGCUGUCCAACUGAAUGGCGGUCAUCUGUUGUAAAACCCUCUUUUCUGUACACCUGUUCAUCAAUAUGUGAUGGUGAAUUAGUGACCUUCAUUCCAUUCUUAUUUUCUCUUCUUUAUUAUAUAUUUUUGUUUCAUUAUGAUGGAAAAGUGGUAAUGUGUUUUGUUUAUAAAUCACAAAAUAAAUAAACUUUCCUUUCUUAAGAAUGUGA